AUGAAAGGGCAUCACCAGAGCUGGAAAGAGGCCGCCCAGAGCACGAAUGGCUGGCAGAGAGAGAAAGGAGGCCCCAAGUGCUAUGGGUUCAAGAGCUCCAGCCCAAAGGAAAGAGAAGCAUUGCCAGCUGUUAAAGGGCUGCUCUACCUCGUCUUCUUAGGACAGCCCUGCCCUUCCUGGAGAGGGAGGAGACCCCUAGGAGGGUCCUCCAAGCAUCAAGGUGUCCCAGAAGAGGAGCAGAACAGGAGGAAGGGGGUGAAGUCUUCCUUGGAGCCAGAGAGACCCCCAGGAAGGGGAAGAAGGCCAAUGUCGUAGGGCAGCUGGAGAGAUGCAAAAUGGAGCCAGGCAGAGGUGUAGUGGUUGGAGGGCUGGACUGGGAAGACAUGGGAGAGCAGGGUUCAAAUCUCCACUCAGCCAUGAAGCUCCCUGGUGGACCUUGAGCCAGCCCAGCCUAUUUUGCAGGGCUGCUGUGAAGAUAACAACUGGUGGCAGGGAGAACCAUGAAGGCCACCUUGAGCUCCUGGGAGGAAAGUGGGCUAGGACUGUCCUAUUAAAUGUAAAUGAUGAGAGGGGAGAGAAAAGGGGGAGGCAGGGGAAGAGUGUGGAGGAGCUGAGCUCUCUGGAGAAGACUGGCCGGGUCAAUUUCCAGAGAGCCAUGGCUGUGCAGGGGACCCCAGGACUCACCCCACACCUCCAGGAGACCAAGGAGUCCUACUUACAGUCUGCACAUUUUGUUCACUUGACAUCUUUCCGCAGGGCCUGCAAGGCGGAGCUGUUCUGCCAGGCCAUAAGAACUUGCAUGAAAGUGGCCUCCCAUUUUUUCUCACAGGCCCAUAUAAGUUCAGCACAAACAGUUGGGCCUGGUGAGCAUUUAAGGUCCCCAACCCUAAUCUGCGGGUUGCCAUCUGAUUGGAUUUUAUUCUGAUCCUGAUCUGAUUUGAGGAUGUAUUUUAAUUGAUUAUCUGAUUUUAUGUUAAUGUGUUAUACAUUUGAUGUUAGCCGCUCUGAGCCCGGCUUCGGCUGGGGAGGGCGGGAUAUAAAUAAUUUAUAUUUAUUAUUAUUAUUAUUAUUAUUAUUAUUAUUAUUAUUCACGAAGAAUUCCCACCCUCCUCUCUAAACUAGCCAACUAUCUAAAAUGCCCACCGAAGCCAAACUCUGACCCCAGCCCUAAGCCUAAGCCUAACCCCCGCCCUAACCCUACACUUACCCCUAACUACUCCUCUAUAAACAAAAUAAAUAUACAGAAUGUAUACAAAAUGUGCACAAAUGUGCACAGAAUAAAAAUGUGAAAUAAAAAUAUAUGAAAAUAAAGAACAAAAAAUAAAAAAGGAAAAUAAAAGUGUUACAAUAAAAAAGUAAAAUAAUAAACAAAAUAAAAAUAAAUAAAAUCAAAUGAAUCAAAUAAAAGUAAUAAAUCAAAUAACAAUCAAAUGAACACCUCUCCUUAUCGUCUCCAACCACCACCACUUCCUCUCUCUGCUACUCAACUCGCCUCACUACUAACCCACGAUAGCCACAUGCAAGUCAGUGACUUUUAAGGGAAAAGCAAGAGUUGUCACAAAGGAGGGCAGGUCCUUGUCACCGUGGCAACCCCCCCCCCCAGACCUGGCCCCUCCUGAGAGGUGAUGUGCCUCUGUCAGUACUUGGAGGCACCUGCUGUUCCGCUUGCAGCUGGGCUGCAUCUUCUCUUUGCAGAUUUCACAUCAGUAUUUCACAUCCUUCUUCCUGCAGCCCCAUUUCCAAAGGGAGACCAUCCCCACAUCCUUCGAGGCAGGUAGGAGUCUCCAUAGCGCAGGAUUGGACCAUCUGCUUUGCAUGCAGGUCUUCUGUCCUCUCCUGCUUAAACACAGGGAAGACAAGUGUUUAAAACAGUGUUUUGCACCAGGUUGCCAGGUUACAUGAAUGGGCUUGCCAUUCAGUCUAAAUCCACUCACCCACCCCCUUUAUGUAAUAUACACCCUCUUUGACUCAGCCAACUUUGGUAAAAUAAAAGUGGUAGAACCAGGCUGUUCCAGGCAAGGAUGACAUCACAAGUAUGCCAAACCUUGGAGUGGACAACAGCAUUUUUGGGCAACAGAAUGUUUGGUUCAAUAUGUCAAAAUGAUAGCUCAGCUGGUUAAAGAGUGGCGCGGAUAACCCCAAGGUCAUGGGUUCAAACCCUGUACGGGUGUAUAUUUCUUCAUUGUGGGAGUUGGACUAGAUCAGUGGUUCCCAACCUCUUUUUGGCCAUGCCCCACCUAAGCAUCUCUAAAAUCCUGAUCCACCCCCCCCUCACCUUGACAUAUAAUUCUUAUUAUUCAAAAAGUGAACUCCUAUUCACAUGGAGGAAGCCUUAAAGGCCAUUAACUUGGUCUAACUCAUUCUCGAAUUGCCCCUCCCGUUAAAAAUCAAAUUGCCCCCCUCUGGGGCAUGUGCCCCAUAUUGGGAACCACAAGACUAGAUGAUCCAUGGUUUUUCUUCCAACAGCAUGAUUCUAUUACAGUAUAGCUUGUGAUAGCUGUAGUUAGAGAAUGUGUUUUAAACUAGCAAUGUCCUGAUUCAAAUCUCCUAAUUCAAUGCUAGCCGCAGUACUUGAGAAAAGGCCUAGAGUUUACAUACGUCAGCAAUAACCCCAAUUAUGCUUCUGUACCAUCUUAGAAAUGCUGAAAGCAUCCUCUUAAUGAACGGGAGUCCACUCAUGGGGAACUUUUGGCCCUCCAUAUUUUCCUGGACUAUAAUUCCCAUCAGUCCCAGCAAGUAGGGCCAAUAGCCAUGGAUGAUGGGAGCUGUAGUUCAUAAACCCCUGGCAACGCAGGGGUUCCCCACAUCGACUUUCAUAGUAGUAAUGGAUAAUCAAAUGAGUGCGAGCCAAAAAUAACUUGACACAGCCAUUUUCGAAGGGUAAGAGAGUAAGUAAACUUCUCUGUCCCAGAUAAAUCCCAGUCUUGGGAGAUUAAAUUGUUUCUUAUCCCCCGGAGGAAAUAUUUUAUCCCACAAGUUAAUUAAGAAUGUCAGCAACUGAGCUGUCACGCCUAAUCAGGAAAUAGCUAGCUGAUUUGAGACGCAAAAUGCUCUUCGCAGCAUAUGCAGGGAGACUGCAGCUUUGCUGCAGGCACCCCUUCUCUUCUCCUCUUUUCUCUUACAUGAAGUGUAUGGGCUGCGUCACACACUUAAGGUGAUACCCAAAUGAGCAUGCCGGCAAUGCACAGAGGGAUGCCCUUGUGGAGGGCAGCACUCACCUGAUAGUGCCAUUUCAGGCAACCUAGGUUUGGAGUGGAGAACCUCAAGCCUGGGGAUGACUGAAGUGCCACCAGGCCUCUUUAUCUGGCCUUUGGGACUUUCCUCAGGCAGUACCCAUAUGACACACACAUCAUCAGCCUAACUUGGCCCCCUCUUGAAGUGCUGUUCCUUGCAUGAAAUGUGUCCUUGCACUGUGAUCAUGCCUCCUGCUUCCCUGGAUGGAGAAUGUAGGCGUGUGAGUAGAAACAUUUGGCUUCACAUGGCUAGAAUGUAACCUACUGUGCAAAGCAAGGGUUGCACCCCUUGCUUUGCCUCUGGCCCUGAUCACCACUGGCAUGUGGCCCUCAGAAAGUUGUCCAAGAGAGAAUGCAGUGCUCAGAGUGUAAAAGGUUUCCAACUCCUGGCGUAGGGGUUGUAUACACAGGUAAAAGGUAAAGGAAUGCUGGGCAGUUAAAUCCAGUCAAAGGCGACUAUGGGGUUGCGGCACUCAUCUCACUUUCAGGCUGAAGGAGCUGCUGUUUGUCCACAGACAGCUUUCUGGGUCAUGUGGCCAGCAUGACUAAACUGCUUCUGGUGCACAGAGGACCGAGAUGAAAGCCAGAGUGCACGGAAACGCUGUUUGCCUUCCCACUGCAGCGGUACCUAUUUAUCUACUUGCACUGGUGUGCUUUUGAACUGCUAGGUGGGCAGGAGCUGGGACCAAGCAACAGGAGCUCACCCCAUCACAGCGAUUCAAACCACCAACCUUCUGAUCAGCAAGCUCAAGAGGCUCAGUGGUUUAGACCACAGCGCCAUGCACGUCACAAGCAUCCUUUGAGAUCUUUGAAAUCAUGGCAACACUUUUUUUUGUCACAAGGUGCAAAUGCUGGUAGCCCCACAUGGAGGUGCCACCAAGCCUGUGACAUUGCACAAAACAUACGCAACCUUGAGAUGAACUGGCAAUACUACACACAUUUAUAUGAGCUACUUGUGUUGCCUUCAGUUGCUCAUUUAGAAACUCACUAGAAGCAAAAUUAAUAGUUAACCACCAUUAUUUUUGAAGAUGCCUGGGAGAUUGCAGAGUAUAGUGACCACCUUCUCCAGCCAGUCUUCUGCAACUCUGAGUCAGCUCUCUAGGAACUGAUCUCCUGGAUCAUAGCUAUUUCUCUUAAGUGGGGGCACAUGCUAAAUAUUUAGCCAGCAAUCUUGAUGGCAGGGACUGGGCAGUGGGUGAAUGGUGGAGACCACCUCCCCAGCCUGACCCUUCCAUAAAAGAAGGAGACAGUUCAGAAUUACAACAGGGGUUUGAGAGAGAUCACAGCUCAGAAGCAGAUGAGGGGGAAAUCUGAGAAAUAAUGGGAGAGGAGGAGGAGGAAUAAUGGGAGAGGAGGAGGAGGAGGAGGAAGAAGCACCAGGAGAGAGACAGCUGACAGACUCACUGUCUUUAGAAAGCAUUCCAGACCCCCUCCUCCCAGAACCCAGUGGGUAUUGAAAGCAGGAGAGCAGAAGGCACUGAUCAGCCACUGUAGGGAUGACAUAUAGUGGGAGAAAUAGAGGGAGAAUUACUCUUGGAGGCUGCAUUUCUAAGCCUCUCUCUGUGACAAUUGAAUAAAAGCAUUGGUAGGAACUUCCUUGUCUUAUCCAUUCCUGGCAACCUACUAUCCUCUGAAGCCUGACACCUGACUCCUAUGCGUCGGAAGCUGGAGUAAAGCAAGCUAGCGUAAGGUUAUACCAGAUUCAAACCUAUUUCAGCAAUGGGGCUGCUGCUGCUGCUGCUGCUCUGCUUAAUCCUGGCAGAAAGAAAAUAAGCCUUUAAACUGUGUUUUAUACCAAGCCAUGUGACCAAAGUGAACAAGCUUAGGAUCCAGCCUAAGUCCUCUCUCUUUUGUCCCACCUCCACCAGGCUCCCAGAACCUCUCUGAUCAGUUCAUGGAUGCAUGUGAAUCUCCAGUUUUCAGCUGCCCAGACAGCUCUUGUCUCUUUCCACUAUAAAAAAGAACUACGGUUGAACCAUGUGGCCCAACUCCUAUAUAGAAGAGGCAAACCUUCCUGGACAAUACAGUGGUACCUCUGGUUAAGAACUUAAUUCAUUCUGGAGGUCCGUUCUUAACCUGAAACUGUUCUUAACCUGAGGUACCACUUUAGGUAAUGGGGCCUCCUGCUGCCGCCGCACGAUUUCUGUUCUUAUCCCGAAACAAUGUUCUUAACCCGAGGUACUAUUUCUGGGAUAGCAGAGCCUGUAACCUGAAGUGUCUGUAACUCGAGGUACCACUGUACUCAGAACCACACAUGACACGUGCUUACACAUCCUGCUUUCUCUUACAACCAGAAGAUGACUUAUUCUUCCGGUUAUGUUGCACUGUUAAUUGUUUUGCAACAAUAGCGAUAAGCAUACUUCUGCUGUCUCCACCCCACCCCCCAGUUUCCAUGCAGUAUUGACGGCUGAUUAUUUAGCUACCAUUAUCACCGUGCAUCAUUUCUGCAGAGCAUAACAUUAGUCAAAAAAGGGGACAGAAAAAGACAAUUCCCGCAGAGAGACACAGUUGGGUGUCAAAGCACUCAGCGCUAAAGAUGUGUGGUGCACAUCGCUUAGAGGGAGCAUCACAUAUCUUUAAUUAUUGAUUAAGAAGGUUUUAUUUAUUUAUUUAAAAAAGUCUAGAUAAAAGAAGGGUAUGCCAGAAAUAUAGCUAUCCACAUUGUUGGUUUUUGAUUGCUUUUUUUUAAUAGUAUGGAUACCAGUGCUAUUUUUCUAUUAAAUAAUAAUAAAAAAGAGGUGCCGGAUUUCACCAUGAACGCUCCCUCAUUGUCCUAGAAUGGCAAUGGUUUCCACCUGAGAGGUGCCGGAACUGAGUUCCAGUGAGUUCCAGUUGAAAAACAGCCCUGGAUAUGGCUGAGAAUGUAAAACAAUAAGCUUAACAGAAAGAAAGGUGUGUUAAAUCCAUGCUGUGGUCUGCCAUCCAAGCCCUUCACACUUGCAUGCCCCUGAUAGGGCAGUUUAAACAUUUGGCUUGAUGGGCUAUCAGCCUAGCAAUGCAGCCGGAAACUGCUGUUUCUUUGCAGCUGACAAUGUGACAGACUAUUCAAGAGACAACCUCCUGGCAUCUUCUCUUAUUGUCAGCCCCACUAAUUAACUGAGGACAAAUUUUUAGAACGUUGCUACAUUUUUUUCCUGAUUAAUCACUGUGAUUAAUCUUAAAGCUGGCAGUCCUAGUAGAGAGGCCCUUAACUUUCCCAUAACUGGCAAAACCUUACUCUUCUUUUGAAAGUUUAGUUGCCUGCAUCCCAUCCCUGUUCUAGAUUCAGAAAAUGCAAAGAGUUUUCCUAACUAAAAUGGCUGACCUCUUUAAGCCUUGAUAGUUUAAAGCAGAGAUAACCAAUUUGCUGCCCUCCAUAUGUUUUUGGACCAUAAUGUCCAUCAACCUCAGCCAGCAUGAUUAAUAGUCAGGAAUGACAGGAGUUGUAGACCAAGAACAUGUGGAAGGCACUGUGUCAGCUACUCCUGGUUUAACGUCCACACAAUUACUUGAAAUUAUUAUUAUUAUUAUAAUUUAUAUACCACCCUAUAUAAGGAUAAAAAUGCCACUGUUGAGUCAAUAAUAUUUAUUCUUUCCAAUAUAGUCUACUCUCAGUGUCAAAACAAUGACUUGUCAAUAAUAUUUUCCCAUUUUCAAAAGACACUUGACAUUAUGGUAAGAAUUAGACCCUUAUUGGAAUUGGGGAAAUCAGAGCUAGAGAGUGCUCAAAGAUUGGGCAAUGUGUUAGAAGGUUAAUUCGUGUAUAGGUCUGUUAACUCCAUGCCUUUAGCAAACCCAUGUGGGAGGGAAUCCCACUGUGUCUAUUGACCAUUUCCCUAGUAGCCAUGCAUUUGACAUUAAUGUGAAGGGGGCAUACAUAAAUGCAAAUGUACAUGAAUACACCUCCUCCAUUCAAUUGCAUUGUAGGUGCCCUGCAGUUUAUUACAACAUCUUUCUCCCAAAGCACUGGGAUUGGAGAGCAACACCAUUUCCUCUUAUUACAAGCUUGGCAUGUCAGUCAUAACAGAGCUCUCCUACCCCUCCUUUCCCCACCCUGGAAUUUGCUGUCCCUUCUCUUCCCCAGUCUGGUAUGCUUAGAGACAUUAGUUGUACUUUUGAAGAAGUUGUACUUCUGCAGCAUUUUUGGACGUCUGAAAUGCCAGGCCAACACAAAACCUUGCAAGGGUCUCUGCUUCACUUCAGGAUGCCUCUUACAAAUGCUGUUUUGCCACAGACCAGGGUUGAAGAACCUUCCAAAGAUGGCUUUGGACUACAACUCCCAUAAUUCCUUUACCACAGGCCAUACCGGCUAGUAGAGCUGAUGGGAGUUUGCAUCCAGCAACAUCUGGAGCGCCACAUGUUCCGCAUCCUUGCCUCUGACCAGGGACAUUCCGGGGGGGCGGUCGCCCCAGGUACCAUUCUAAAGGGGGGUGACAAAAUGUUGACCCCCGAUUGGUGGCACCCCGGGACGUGUGCCAUGCCCCCUGCGACAUAAGCCACGCUCCCUGGGACGAGUGCUGCUCCAGGUACCAGAGCAGGUUGCUAUGCCUCUGCCUCUGACAAUACCUUCAAAGAGACCACUUCUACUUGGGACUCUGGAUUAGCUCCUUGCAUGCUUUCACCAAGCUGACCACCUCAUGGCUCCCCUCCCAAUAGGCAACAGCAACAUACCUUCUGGGAAGCAAGUACAGCUGCUGCACCCCACACAGCAAGCCACUUCUGGUAUAGAAGCAGCAGCUAUGAAAGACAUCAAGGAGAUCCAAGCUUAUACGUUUAAAUGGGAGCAAUACAUUUUAGCCCCUGUUUGCAGUGAGGAAUACAAAUGCAAGGGAAACACAAUACUUGUUUAACAGUUCAGUUCAUUUGCCGGCGAUUUGGUAUUCCACCCUAUGCACAGUCCUCAGAAGGCAAGUGGAUGAGGAUAAUUUAAAAUGCUUCCAGAUAGAAUUUGGAACAACCUUGUUUCUGCAAAGAGCAUACUGUUGCAACGCCAGGAAAGCUUUCGGCAGAUAUGCAUACUUCUAAACUGAAGGGCAAGGCCAGCCUUUUUUGUUACAAGUGUCCAUUUUACAAAGCUAAGCCUCAAGUGUUUCUGCACCAUCACAAACCAUCUUCAUUGUUGGGGUUGGCUGGGAAACAUACGUUCCAAACUGCUGGUGGCAGAUGUUUGUCUCCCUUCCUUUCCUUCUAAAAAGAAAUAAAAUACUAAGUACUGUUUUGCUGUUGCUCCAGGUUGUGACAGCAGUUCCAGAAAGGACCAUUUGCCCCCAUCAAUGCCACCAUGGAAGGAUGCUUUGAGGGAUGUCACAAUGAGCAUGGGCUGCAGGGGCUGGAAGGGCAAGAAGAGGUGGCUGACCAUAGGAACACAAGAAGCUGAUGUAUACAGAGGAAGAGCCUUGAUCCACCUAGGUCCGUAUUUAUACUGACUAAUAACAGCUUUCCAGGUGUUCAGACCAGCCCCUCUUCUACUUGGAAAUUCUGGAAAUUGAACCCCAGAUGUUCAGCAUGCAAACCCAGUGCCCUCCCACUGAACUAUUGCCCACCAUUUAUAAUGGUAUAGGUGCUCUUUGGUGCAAUGUUUUAAAGAGUAAAUUUUGGACUCUGUGUGGCAAUGUGAGAAACUGUGGUGGCAUACGGGUUUUGGGGAGAGACCCAGCAUUUGGGGACCAGUUAGAGACUAUGGCAUGUUGCCCCAGGUUGCUAUAAGGACCUGUUGUUACUAAAUGCUCCCCACCAGCACAUUUUAUAAACUCUAAAAUAAAAUUACAGCAACGUUUUGUGAGAGAAAAUGUUGCCCUCAUUUUAAAUGUAUCUUUUGGUUAUAUGCAGAAUCUGUUAUGACCUAUAUAUGAUUGCUGUGCAUACUGAAAUAGACCACAUUGCUAAGCUUGCUUUUAUUUAUGUCUUCAGCUCUUCAUUCCAUAUUCAGUUCUUUGCCCUUAGUUACUUCAUAGAGGCACACACAUCGCAUUUAUUUUCUGGAAUGCUACUUUGUGUAUUUAUUUUCUCUUGCACUAUUAUGUGUGGUAUUUAAUAAAGUUAAGCUGUGCCAACUGGUGUGUGUGUGUGUGUGUGUGUGUGUUUACACCUAAGGUGAAAGGUCAAGAAUAUUUACCCCUUGUGGACAAGUGUUCAUAUCCAUCUACCUGUCUACUGAUACAGAAAACAUGAGCUUGAGGCAGGAAAAUUGUAUCCCUUCUCUGUUGGUUGAAUCUACUGCUUCAGGCUGAUUAAUGUUUAGAUUCUGAGUUGAAGGUGUUUUUCCUGCUAAAGAAGGAGAAAUAGUAAGUAGACCAGAAUCUCGAGUGUCUGAAGCAAGCCAACUCUUCUAUUUUCUUGCCUGCUCUUCCUAGAAUGAAUUAAAAUUAGUUCUAUAGAGCAGAAAUCUAUUGGAAGCAUUGCUUAUCUCUGGAGUUCAUUGAAAGACAGGUUAUGUAUGACAAUUACAUGAUAGGGGCAGAUGAUAAUAUGUCCGUAUUGCUUCAGUGGGGAAUCUUUAGCCUACCAGAGCUUGCUGAACUACAACUCCUAUAACCCUUGGACACUGGCAAUGCUUACUGGGGCUCAUGGGAGUUGUAGUUCAGCAACAUUUGGAAAGCCAAAGUUCCCCACACUUGCUUUUGCACUCUGAACACUCCUGACGCCUUGAAUACCAUGGCCUUAUUUGCCAUCAAAUGCUCCUUCUAAGUCAAACACAUACGAGAAAGUUUGUCACACAAAAACCUAUUCACCAACAGAUACAGAAUCAUAAACUUUGUGACUUACAGUAGAUAUAACCAUCUAUAUAAGUGAGAGGGAAGACAAGUGAGGGUUACCAAUAUGAUAAAGAGUCUGGAAACCCAGCCUUAUGAGCAACAGUUGAAGGAGUUUCAUAUGUUUAGCCUGGGAAAGAAGAGAGUAAGAGGAGAUAUGAUAGCCACCUUCAAAUAUCUAAAGAACUGUCACAUGGAAGAUGGAGCAAGCUUCUUUUCUCCUGCCUUGGAGGGUAGGACUUCAAGUUACAAGAAAGGAGAUUCCGGCUAAACAUCAAGAAGAACUUAUCUGACAGUAAGAGCUGUUUAGACAGUGGAAUGGACUCCCUCGGGACUUGGGAGGUGGUGAGUUCAUAUUUUUAAUCAGAGGUUGGAUGGCCAUCUGUCAUGGAUGCACUAGUGGAGAUUCUUGCAUUGCAGGAGUUUGGACUCGGUGAAACUUGGGGUCCCUUCCAACUCUACAAUUCUAUUAUUCUACCUAUGUGCCUGCUUGACUGCUUUAAACCACAUAACUGGGACUUUUAUAUGCACCACAUAAUAUCAGUUCUGUACAGUAUUUGUAAGGAAUCAGCCACUCAAUGUGGUGGCCACUCAUUAACAUUAGGCAGGCAUUUUCACUGUAUUUUAUUUGCUACCUAUUAAAAGCAUUUUGUUGAAACAAGCCUACUCAGACAUGUCCUUUGAACAUGAAACUAAAUGAUGCACAUUUAAUUUAAAACCCUUGAUUUCAUUAUAUUUUGAGCAAUCAUAUACCAAUUUCUUUUUAACAUUUAAUUUUAUAGGUAUUUUCUAAUUAAAGUUUCAUAUUGUUUUGUUGAUUAAAUGGUAUAUAAAACUUGUUGAAUAAAAAUAAAUGAGAUUGAUUAAAAAUGGCAUUUGAAUAAAUUCAGUAGUAGCUUUAAGAAAGAUAUGAGAUCUGAGAUAAACUAAGUAUUAGUCAGUCUAUGAUAAAAGUGUGUACUGGCAACAAGUAACAUAUAAUUGAAACAGGGAAUAGGAGGGAGGUCGGGUCUAUAGUCCAAAGACCAUUUUUUGCUUUAUAAACUUGUAAUUAAUAUUGUGUUUAUCUCUAUUUUCAUUUGUAUUCUUGUUUUUUCUUGUCUUUUGGUGUAUCAAUAAAAAAUAAUAAAGAAAUAAAGAAAUAAAAAUAAAAUGGCUUCCCAAGUUAUAAAUUUAGUUACAAAUAAAUAAUUUGAGGUUGUUGGGCUUUCUUUUAAGGAAGUGUGGGGAAAGUGGUCUGAAGACUAUACUGGCUGUUUUCCAGUGCACUUAUUUUCAAGGCAAAGAAUGCAUUUUUGAGCAUCAAAUCAAAGGCACUUGCAGGCAGGACUCCGAUGCAAGGAGAGAAGGGAUCAGCUGCGUCAGAAAGACAAGCAGUGAAAAUAGCAGAGGUGCUUCAGAGUCAGGCACUGACAUCAGGACUCAGCCUGCCACUCAGGAGUCCCUUGAGUCACAGGCUUCGAACAAACCACACAUUUAAAGCACAUGGCUUUUCCCAAAGAAUCCUUCGAACUGCAGUUCACUCCUCACAGAGCUGUAAUUCCCAGCACCCUUAAUGAAAUAUGGUUCCAAGGAUUUGCUGGGGGAAGUCACAUGCUUUAAAAGUAUGGUGUGUUAGCAGCCUGAGCUGACAUGUGUAUUGUGAGAGUCUGUGGGGAGUUCCGCCUUGAUUAAUAUUUACCUUACGUUUUUCAUACUCGGAAUUUAUGGAAUAUGUGGAUUUUUUACCUCCAGGAUAAACAUCUGCUUUCUGUAGUCUGUUUUUAAGAGGCUUUUGUGGCACUUUUACCAAGGGAGUGAGGGAGAAAGAUAAUUUGCACACUCCAGGUAGGACUCCUAGUUUGGCCUUAGGCAAUGAUUUGUUCCAAGCAAUUUUGUACAGGUGUGUGGGUGUAUUUUCAUAAUUAGGAAAACUUAAUAUUAAAUCAUUCCUCCCACCAAAGGUGGCAUCAAUAUGCACACCCACUUCACUUUCUGCACUCCAGCUUUCAGGACCUAACACAAAGCCUUGAAUGAAGGUGGCAGGUAUUAAUAGAAAUUCAUUUUAAACCAGCCCACUAUUACAUAAGCCCAUAAAUUUUAAAGUGACUUGGAAAAGGCAUAUUUUGAAGUAUAAAUUGUAGGCCUUUACAUCAAAGUCUGACUCUUGACAGGCUGAAUGGCUCCAGUCCUUCACUAUUUAUAAUGACAACCUUUGCUCUGAUAUUUGGGUAAGAUAUCUGUGAGGUGUGUUGAUCUGCCACAUAUAACUCUAGAUAAGGCUGUGAGUUGCAAUGACUCAUGUACAGAAUCACAGAAUUGGAGAGUUGGAAGGGACUCCAAGGCUCAUCUAGUCCAAACCACCGCAAUGCAGGAAUCUCGGCUAAAGCAUCCAUGACAGAUGGCCGUCCAACCUCUGCUUAAAAACAUCCAAAAAAGGAGAGCCCACGGUCUCCUGAGGGAGACCAUUCCACUGUUAAACAGCUCUUAUUGUUUACCAGCUCCAUCUGGUAUACAGGCUGAGACCCUAUCUGCCUGUGGACUGCCUUGCCAGAGUGGUGCAUGCUCUGGUUAUCUCCCACUUGGACUACUGCAAUGCGCUCUACAUGGGGCUACCUUUGAAGGUGACCUGGAAACUACAACUAAUCCAGAACGCGGCAGCCAGACUGGUGACUGGGAGCGGCCACCGAGACCAUAUAACACCAGUCUUGAAAGACCUACAUUGGCUCCCAGUAUGUUUCUGAGCACAAUUCAAAGUGUUGGUGCUGACCUUUAAAGCCCUAAACGGCCUUGGUCCAGUAUAUCUAAUGGAGCGUCUCCACCCCCAUUGUUCUACCCGGACACUGAGGUCCAGCACCGAGGGCCUUCUGGCGGUUCCCUCACUGCGAGAAGCCAAGUUACAGGGAACGAGGCAGAGGGCCUUCUCGGUAGUGGCGCCCUCCCUGUGGAACGCCCUCCCACCAGAUGUCAAAGAGAACAACAACUACCAGACUUUUAGAAGACAUCUGAAGGCAGCCCUGUUUAGGGAAGCUUUUAAUGUUUGAUGUAUUACGGUAUUUUAAUAUUUUUUUGGAAGCCACCCAGAGUGGCUGGGGAAGCCCAGCCAGAUGGGCAGGGUAUAAAUAAAUUAUUAUUAUUAUUAUUAUUAUUAUUAUUAUUAUUAUUAUUAUUAUCUUACUGUCAGAAAGCUCUUCCUGAUGUUUAGUCUGGUAACUUGAGUCAAAGCACUGGGAUGCAUUUGGACUAAGUCAUUCUUCAAGCAGAGUAUACCCAUUGAAUUCAAUGGAGCCUGUUAGUCACAACCUAGUUCAGUAGCAGUUGGUGAGGCAGCACAGGUGGGAUUCUUUUGCAUUCUCAGCUUCCCAGCUCUGAAGAUUGAGGCUACUUAUCAAGAGGGAGGGGGCAUAAUGUGCAGGAAGCUCAGUGCAGUGAGAUGAAGUCUACCUGGUCUCCUGCCCCCACAGUCCACACCAUGCUACGUUCCCUGUGCCUUGCUCCUCUCCUCUCCCUUUUGGUAAGUGACAGCAACCCAUGAUGUUGGGAAGCCAGAAGAGCAGCAGAGCCCCACACAUUCCACCCUACCAGUUGCUACUGAUCAAACUGAAGUCCCAUUGGGUCUGCUAUGGCCCAGGUUGAAUCCAGCCAAUGAUGAUUCUUGACUUCCAAGAUUCCUAGGAAGUAAGAACCCAGCAGCUUCUCCAACAGCUCAUAUGUUACAUUAUCCAAAAGUGUGUGGAGCUUGAAUCUUCUCCCUCAUUCAUAAUUAUUUCUCUCCUUGUUUGUCAACAAGCAAAAUUAUAGCCUGUUCUCAUCUCUACUUUUUUCAGAAUACUGGCUCAGUAUUUUCUCCUGUUCUGUGUCCUUCAAUAUCCAAGCAAGUCAUUUUCAUCUCAUGGUAAGGGCACAGUGCUAUGGCCCAAUAGCCAGUAGUAGACAGCCUGGUGUAGCCCCGCUGUUCACCUGACCUCUGGUCACUCAUGUUCCUGUUCCUUAUACUCAGAGGGAGAGCAGGGAAGGGGGAAAGUCAAUGCACCAUUGGUUCAUUUGCUCCAUGGUGACCUCCCUGCUGUCUUGCCCCUCCCUCUCUACCUCCUGGUAACCAGCAGCAAUGUGACCAAUGGGAGAUCAGGUGGGCAAUACCAUCCCAUUACACUGUCCACUACUGCCCACAACUCCACAACACAGAAGUGCUGAACAGCAAUUUGAGGAUUUAAGAUAAAACACUUCUCCCAAAUCAUAUGAAGCUGCCACAGUCUAUAAAUUGGUUGCACUAAAGUUAGCACUAUGGGUGAUAAAUUGGCUAGGUUUGUCUGACUGCAAUUCCCAACUCCAUUGCCCAUACAGGCUGGGGCUGAUGCAAGUUUAUGUUCAGAAAUAUCUCAAGGGCCACGGGUUCCCUAUCCCAGAUGUAAGCUGAUCUAAGAAGAGAGAAGGGAGUUCCUUAGGCAACCCUGCCAAGAAGACCUUAUCCUUAGUAGUCAAACAUCUUACCUCAGAAGAGUCAGGUCUUCUAAUGAUGGUUUUAAUAACCAAUACCAACAUCCUGUUCAGUAUGCCCCAAAUAUUUUUCCUUGCAAAGCUCAUAUUUCAAAUAUGCAAGUUGGCAAAAUAACUUUGUUGUUGUUGUUUCUGGCUGUACCAUUAUUUUCCAUAUUAUGGAGGCGGUUUAGUUCCAACUAUGAAGCUCACAAUCUCUCACUUUUUUAUUUUUUAGUGUAACUACACUUUGGGUAAUCAUACAAGCCUGUUCAGGACUCGAGCCAGCAGAAAUAUUAUGUGGUUUAUCUUCCACUCACUGGAAGCAAAUGAGAUUACUCAUCCUUUUGAGCUAAUCAGCAUAAUUCUAAUUAUCACACAGGCACAUUUUUAGCCACUUCUAUUUAAAAAUCCUACAGAGAAAUAAAAUGCAUUGGAGAGAAAGAAAUGAUGUUCUAAACUUCCAGUUUUGCUUUCCAGCCACCACAUAACACAUGUACAGGAUUAUCAAGUCCCACACUAUUUCCUAACUUCUAUGUGAGCAAUGUAUUUAUAAUAAUUAUUAUUUGAGGUUAUCUUGCUCUGGGCUACAGCAGACACAGCAUAGCUCUCCCUCGGCCCUAGGCAAACCAAGUAAUCAAAAAAUUUGUACACACAAAAUCCAGUUUGUUGCAUUGCUCUCGUUAUGCACACUAAUCCUUAUAAUUAUGCAAAGCAGGUUUAUAAACAAGUCACAACUGUGGACCAAACUGUAAGUUAAUAUGGCCACUUAUAUUGUUGGAGUGGUUGCAGAUUAGUCCUUAAUUAUUGGACUGUGUUCUCGGAAUUUGGGUUUAAAGGGAGUGAUGGGGAACUGAGGCACAACUUCACCUAUGAAAUUAUUCCCUAGAUUGUGCAUCAAUCAAUAUGCACUUUUUGUACACUUUUUGUACCUUUGUGAAAAGGUCUGCAGUGUGAGUGUCCAAACCAACUGUGAGGGGAACUUUCAUAUUACAGUGGUACCUCGGGUUAAGUACUUAAUUCGUUCCGGAGGUCCGUACUUAACCUGAAACUGUUCUUAACCUGAAGCACCACUUUAGCUACUGGGGCCUCCUGCUGCUGCCGUGCUGCUGGAGUACAAUUUCUGUUCUCAUCCUGAAGCAAAGUUCUUAACCUGAAGCACUAUUUCUGGGUUAGCGGAGUCUGUAACCUGAAGCGUAUGUAACCUGAAACGUAUGUAACCUGAGGUACCACUGUAAUAAUAUAAAAUCUAAAUUAGUGUUCCAUAAUUGUACUAGUAAGACAGAUAAUUCCACACACCUUUGAUGCCUGGCAGGAGUGCCCCUAAAAUCUGAAAGUGUUGGGAUAAAGCUAUUGUCAAAGGUAUUGACCAAAAUGUGGGAAGCUUCUCUUAGGAAUAUCAUGGAACUGCAAGGAUUAAAAACCAACAUAAUAUCCCCUCUGUUACACAAACUGUUGCUAAUUACUCCUUCUGCUAUCUCAGUCUGGAUUCCUCACUCCCCAUUUCAUGCCUUGAGCUACCUGAAUUUCCUUCUUCCACAGCAGGAAUGAUAAUCUUUCAUCUUAAUGGUUCUUUAUUUAGAUUGUUUCUUUAACAGCCGUGCAACAUAUUCGGCUUCUGAAGGAUUGGACUGAGCAUUUCCAUCAGUUCAAUAUUUGUUGCAAGCAUAUUAAAUGUUAUUCCUCGCCAAAGCGACAAAUGCAAAUCUUUUGUAGAAAGGAAAUCUAUUAUAGGAGCUUAUCGUUGCAAAAACAAAACAAAACGAAACAAAAACCCACAGAUGGAAAGGGAUUGCUUCCUUAUCCCUCUUCAACCUUAUUCUCUGAGGUAGGAGUUGGAUGAACAGAUGUUUAAUCUUGGACCUUUUACAGAUUAAUUUUUAAAUAGUGAGGUUCUCAAUAACAAGUGCAUUCAUCAAGAGUUUGCCAAUUUGUCACCAUGCCACAAGCAACAUGUUGCUCAACUGUUCAUGAAUGUGAGGUAAUCAAAUACCUAAAAGAAUAUGAAAAAAUUAAAUAAAAAAAACCUGUAGUAUUCAUCAUCGGCUUAAUCUCUACUCAGAAGUAAGCUGGCAUGUAGGCUGCACUAGCAAGCACCUAACAGCUAGAACUUCCUGAAAUUCCAUAGCUCAUUGAUGUGGGUAUUUGCAGAAUGGGAGUCCUUCACAUAUACAGCUGUAUACAUGAAGGCUUCCCUUAUGGCAGAUGUGAGCAAUUUCUUUUUGAAACCGAAAGCCACAUUCCUUUGGUGGCUAGUAGUUAGAGGAUCUGGACGCGGGUGGCACUGUGAUCUAAACCACUGCGCCUCUUGGGCUUGCCGAUUAGAAGGUUGGCGGUUCGAAUCCCCAUGACAGGAUAAACUCCCAUUGCUCAGUCCCAGCUCCUGCCAACCUAGCAGUUUGAAAUCACGCCAAAAAGUGCAAGUAGAGAAAUAGGUACCCCUCUGGCGGGAAGGUAAACAGUGUUUCCGUGCACUGCUUUGGUUUCAGUGUUCUGUUGCACCAGAAGCAGCUUAGUCAUGCUGGCCACAUGACCCAGAAAAACUGUCUGCAGACAAACACCAUCUCCCUCGGCCUGUAAAAAGAGAUGAGUGCCACAACCCCAGAGUCAUCUGCGACUGGACUUAACCAUCCAGGGGUCCUUAACCUUUACCUUUUAGUUAGGGGAUCAAAUGCUGACAAUGGGUAGUGGGGGCAAUGCCAAAAGCAAUGAAUGGGGAUACCCCUUUUCCUUUCCCAUCUUCAGUCAUCAUUCAUCCAUUCAUUAUCUCUUCCAUUCAUUCACUCAUUUUCAUAAACCAGUUUGAGGGCCAUUGUAGGGUAGCGGUUAGAGUAUCAGACUCUAACCACUUAACAUCUAAUCACUAAACAUGGACCACUUAUAAACACCAUCUCCAAUUCCUCAAAAAAAUUGAUGAAAGGUGUCUCCGAAUUUUUUUUACGCAUCACUUGGGAAGACAGGCGAACUAAUGCCAGUGUACUGGAAGAAGCGAAGAUCACCAGUGUUGAAGCAAUGAUUCUUCAACAUCAACUUCGUUGGACUGGUCAUGUUGUGUGGAUGCCUGAUUAUAGUCUUCCAAAGCAACCAUUCUAUUCCGAACUUAAAAAUGGAAAGCGUAAUGCUGGUGGUCAACAAAAGAGGUUCAAAGACUCUCUCAAGGCAAAUCUAAAAAAAAAUGUAGUAUAAACACUGACAACUGGGAAACACUGGCCUGCGAGUGCUCCAAUUGGAAAACAGCCUUUACCAAAGGUGUCAUGGGCUUUGAAGACACUCGAACUCAGGAUAAAAGGGAGAAAUGUAGUAAGAGGAAGACACAUUUGGCAAACCCUCAGCAUGAUCAACUCCCGCCCAGAAACCUAUGUCCCCACUAUGGAAGGAUGUGUGGAUCCAGAAUUGGCCUCCACAGUCACUUACAGAUUCAUUGUUAAAACCAUGUUCAUGGAAGACAAUCUUACUUGGCUACGAGUGAUAGAAGAGGAGGAUGAGGAGGAGGAAGAAGAAGAAGAAGAAGAAGAAGAAGAAGAAGAAGAAGAAGAAGAAGUGUCAGACUAAGAGCUGGGAUCAAAGGAUGAAGAAGCUGCAUUUAAGUCACUAGUUGGAUCUGAGCUUUCUAUCAUGAGUGUUGAGUGCAAGGUGUGGGCUGCAAAUGGGAUUCUGUGUGUACAAUUUGCAUGGGGGUUCUCACCUUGAUGACUCUUAUUGGGUGCUCAUGUGUAAUUUAUUGUCCCCACUGGUUUUCCCUGUGUCAAGCAUGGAGCUUUCUCCAGGAAAGCUCCUUAAAUGGCCAAAUAGUAAGCAUGCCUUGGGACUUGGAGAUCAGUAGUAGAGGAAACCAUUUGCUAGGGUCACACUGCUUGGUAAGAGCUAUUUUACUGGGUGUAAUCUGAUGCUCUAUUUUCCAAAUAUAUUUGGCUCAUUUUAGCAGGUUAAGAAUACCUGAAAUUAGGGGGUGUGAAACAAAAUUUAAUUAUUUGAUUACUUUGAGUUUAACCUGAUUUGGACCCAAAUAACAAGUCAAAUUGGAUCCAGAAGCAAGGCUACAGAUACAAGGCUAAUCCUGUGACUGGUGCUCAUUCAGAGUUCAUGAAUUGAUGUGAAGGUGUCCUGACAGCCAAGAUGGCUGCUAUCUAUGACAGAGGCUUUCAACCUUUUUGAGUCCAUGGCUCCCUUGACCAACUACAUGCCUUCUGUGGUUCCCCUGUGGGGAAAUGUGCUCCGAGUUAUAUCACCCUUUGCUUGCAGAGCCAACAGCCCCUCGCUCCUUUUCAAACACCUUCCCUUAUGAAGUGUUCCCUUAGUCUCCUCUCCCCUCUCCUUGGGAGUCUUCUGGGCAGCCCCAGAGGCACCAUUCGCCUGUGGAGGUUGUAUCCAAGGCUGUUGUAACAAGCAGCCGUGCAAGCCUAUGGGAGGCUGAGAAACGAAAAGGCAUCAGAGGAAGGAGAGAAUGAAAGAGGGACAGAGGCCAGUGUUGCCUGCAGCACCCUUGACCAUCAUUCAAGACACCCCAGGGUGCCAUGGCGCACUAGUUGAAAACCUCUGAUCUAUGAUACCAAAGGCAUGACACAAUAGUUGCUUCCCCCUAGUUAGCUCCUUGGUUCAUAGAGUUAUGCCAAGGGGGCUUCUCUAGUUCCCUUAGGUGUUAAAGAUGGGAUCAACCCCUCCAGACCUGUCUUAUUAUCUUAUUAUCUAUGGUACUAUCAGGCCCGUCUUACCCAUAGAGACUAGUGGUGCGGGGCGCCAUGGUGCCAAGUUCUGGAGGGCACCAGGCGAGAGUCCGGGGAACACCGAAAGAGGAUGCUGAGUGAGCAAGGGUGAAUGCGCUGCUCCCACCAAGCACCGGCUCGGUUUUUUCCCUUUACGCUGCAGGCUUUAAAUUCUGCGGGGCACCAGAAGGCUAAAAGGCAAAAAAACUGAGCCGACACUUGGCGGGAGCGGCACACACACCCUCACUCACUCGGCGCAAGCCUGCUUGCUCGGUGUGCUGCCUGCCGUGGCCACUGCAGCACAAAGCGGCCAGCUAAGCCGGGAGGUGCCGCGUCCAGUCUCCGCCUCUUCCCCGCCAGAGGAGCUGCCCUCCAGCUGCUGACCGCCUCCUCCAGCCCUAAAAAAGGUUGAGAACUCUGGGAAGGGGGGGGCGCCGGAGGGAUCUUUGCACCACAGCUCCAGAUAUGCUUAAGAUGGCCAUGGGUACUAUGCCCUGUCCUUUUUAUAAACUAUGGUCUUCUUUUUAAUGCCAUUUCUAGCUAUCAGCUCUGUCUUUGUCUCCUUUUUUUCCAUCCCACUGCAAAUGCUUAAUUUAACACACUGUGCUGAUACUGCUUAAACAGAAGGCACAUUUCUGGGCAUCCACUUAUAAAAAUUGCAUUUAAUUAAUGUAUUGACAACACAUGAUUGUUUGACUAAUCAAAGCUGUUUAUGUUGAUUCCUACAGAAUUUUCAUUGUGGCUUUGGUCUAUGAGUUGUUUUGUGAUUUUAAAUAAUUCAAACCUAAUUAUUAGCAUACAUUACAUUUUAAUAACACAAAAAAUGUCAUUUCCCUCUCAGUGUGAGAAAGCUUUUGAUAAGUUUUCCUCUAGUUUAAACAAGAGUGUUAUAAUUCUCCAACAUUACAGUAGGCUGGGAAAUAUUCUUCAAAAUGGGAAAGUUUAUUUAUAAAAGUACCAAUUCAGAUUCCGAUAGCUCAUUAUCCUACUUUCGGAGUUCUCUUCAGAAACUCAGAGCAUCUUUCAGAACUAGUUAAAAGGCUCUCUCCUCUAAUUUCUACCAAACUGUGUAGGCCUGGGGCUUAAUUAGAAAUUUUUAAAGUUUCAUCUUCUUCUGGUUGAAGCACAGACAAUGUCACCUACUCGUGUAAUUACUGUUCUACAGACAAAACAAUGGCUUCUCUUGAAUGCGAGGAAGAAAAGGAGAACAUUUCUCCCACCAGACAUAACUCAAUGUUGAAUUUAUUUGAUGCAAAGGAAAUACAUACAAACAGUGAAUGUAUGGAAUCCACUUUCGAAAGCUGUGGUGAUGACUAUGAGCUUUUGUGACUUUUUAAAAACUGCUAGAUAAAACCAGGAAAAAUUGGUCUACCAUUUACUAGUUACUAUAAUCCAUGGUAGUUGCUUGGAUGCUCCAAGUUUGCAUGGAGUAUAUGAGAUGUUUGUAACUGUGCUGGUCCCGGGGGGGGGGGUUACUGUGAGGCGUGGUCAGAGUCCGGUCCUGGGCCGAGGGUCUGGAGACUGUCCACCAAGGGCGAAGCAGGGUCCAAAGCAAGAAGCCAGGCAUGGUCGGGAACUCUGGAAAAACAGGUCUGGGUGCUGGCAGAAACAGGUUUCCAACAUCGUUGCUCCCACAACCUGGGACUGGGCUGACUGGCCUUUAUCUCCUCUGAAGCCAGGGGCGGUCCCGGCCCACAGGUGACCCGCCUCUUCUGGCCUUAAAGCGAGCACUCCUCCUGAGAGAACCCAGUUCCCUCUGCCCUGAGCCUCUGCAGCUCAGGAGAGGCUGGAGGGUUCCUGGACCCAGGAGCAGCUUCACCUUCCCCUGACAGGGCUGGGAGAGCCGCACCUGCAGGCAAUGGGUCCUCGAUCACCUCCAGAGCCAGAGUGGAUACAUCUGGUGUCUGCUCCUGAGGAUCCGGCACAGGUGCAGGCCCUUCAGAUUCAAGCCACUGCUCAGCCGGCCCUGGAGGCAGGGACUCCUGUGCAGGCUGGGACUCCUCCGGUUCAGAUUCUGAAUCAGAUUCCCAGGCCAUCACAGUAACAAACCAGAAAGGAUAGGGGUUCAUCACACACUACUGAUGAGCUUCUGGAGAAAUCUGGCUGGGUGGGUGUUAUUUGAAUGGUGGUGAAAUGCUAGACAGACCUUUGGGUUGUUCUGGUACUUCCCUACAUUCUCACAGAUGGCUUUUUUUUGUGUGUGUAUUUGCAAUGGUUUGGAAUUUUGCAAUUGGCAAGCCAAGGACAGGAGGAUGGGAUCAGAGAGAAGUUUGGUUUGGUUUGCAUUUCAAUAUGAAGCUACCCAAAAUAACAUGAGACAAAACACAACUAUCCUUCAAAAUUCACACUUCUCCCAAUUUUGUGAUUAAGUUCGUCAGUCAAAAUAUGUGUACAAUAAUACAGUAACACCUUGGUUUUCGAACAGCUUAGUUCACAAACAACUUGAACACAAACGCUGCAAAACCAGAAGUAGGUGUUCUGGUUUUUGAACUUUUUCGGAAGCCGAACGUGCUCCAUUUUGAGUCCCCCUGUGUUUUCUGUUGUGCUGCUAAUUUGCGUCCCCCCCAUUAUAAUUCAAGCCUUCCGUUUCCAACUGCAGAGUUCUGAGGUGAUAUUUGCAGCUUAUAUUUGCUGCUUUUGUUUUUGCUAUUUAUUUUGCAUUUUUUGUUUUGAGGCUUUUUCAGUUAAUUUGUUUUUGUGAUUAUGUGGAUCCUAGUUCAACUACUGAUUGAUUGAUUGAUUGAUUGAUUGUGUGACUGCAGAAAUGGAUAAAAGCCCUCAAUCCAAACAAUGACUAUCAUCAGUGCAGGUAAGAAAUGAUAAUAAUUUUAAUUUUUAUCAUCUACAAUACUGUUUUAUUUAUUUUAUAGCACACUACAUUGAUUAUUGCUUUCAUUUUAUGGACCAAUUGUCUUGUUAGAUAGUAAAAUUCAUGUUAAAUUGCUGUUUUAGGGGUUGUUUUUAGAAUUCUGGAGCAGAUUAAUCCAUUCUGCAUUACUUUCUAUGGGAAAGUGUGCUUUGGUUUUGGAACACUUUGGUUUUGGAACAGACUUCCAGAACAGAUUAAGUUUGAGAACCAAGGAACCACUGAAAUGCUUGCAGUUUUGGGUGAGGACUUUAAAAAAUGCACAAACUGGCAAGGAAUCAUAGCAGACUGAACUUAAGACUGAAAAAAAAAAAUGAGAAACCUGGAGAAACCAAAACUGGCAGAUUCAUCCAUCAAAUGAAUCCAUUACAAUAGCUGAACACAUGCUAUUGGAAUAUAACAUGACAUGAUAAAGUACAACAGCCAGUGUGAUCAGCUGUUAAUUUUACAUGAUCAGCUGCUUCAUAUAUAUCUAUAAAUUUAAAGCAAAUCCAACUAUCAGGAAGGGUGGAGUUGGAAGAAUGGUGCUGGGAAUGGGGCCGUUGGAUCAUUCCUCAAUACCACCCACUCCCCCAACCCCAAUACUCAUUGAAUCUGCCAUUUGUAUUGUUUUGGGUGUGGGACACUAUUUCAGCAAAACAGUACAGAGGAUAAAGGAUAGACAAAUUCCACCAGCUCUAAUCCCCUCCAGAUGUAUGUGUUGGGCGGAUGGACAACAGCUUUGAUCUCACAGUAUCUUUUCUAAUUUGUCACUAAAUAAGCAAAUACAGUGCGUUGGGGGGCUCACAUUAAGAACAUGUAACUUUGACAGUCAAUGUUGCUGGGAGAAACAGAAACAUAGUUUCUGAUACAUCUUUGGGUUGAAAGAUAGUACAUAGUUUUGGAAUUAUUAAGCUGGUCAGGUAAUCAAGUUUGAUUGCAUUUUUUCCUCUGAGAAAGUGGCCUGCUCUUAAUUACUGGAUUCGGUGCCUUUUUAUCCAGUGUAUGAUGUAUUCUCAUUCUGUUGUUAAUGUUAUCAUUCUGCUAAGUGAUGUAACACGAUGUAAUUAUCAAUACGGUACAAUGUAAUCAAUGAAGGGAAUGCAUGUGUUAGUCCUCUGGGGAUAUUCCCGUGCUGUGUUGUUGAUUUUAUUCUGUAAAAAGAGGGCACCGGGUUGCACAAAUUGAUUUGGGGAAAUAGAUUGCUCAUUAACACACCAAGAGGAGAAGUAUGUAAUAGAAUUUAAUUCAGUGGAAUGGACUCCUUUGGAAGGUGGUGGACUCUCCUUCUUUGGAUGUUUUUAACCGUCUGUCAUAGAUGCUUUAGUUGAGAUUCCUGCAUUGCAGGACUAGAUGACCCUCAACAUCCUUUCCAACUCUACAAUUCUAUGAUUCUAUCAUGACCACUGGUCUCAUCACCUCCUGGCAAAUAGAAGGGGAAGAAAUGGAGGCAGUGAGAGAUUUUACUUUCUUGGGCUCCAUGAUCGCUGCAGAUGGUGACAGCAGUCAUGAAAUUAAAGACGCCUGCUUCUUGGGAGAAAAGCAAUGACAAACCUAGACAGCAUCUUAAAAAGCAGAGACAUCACCUUGCCAACAAAGGUCCGUAUAGUUAAAGCUAUGGUUUUCCCAAUAGUGAUGUAUGGAAGUGAGAGCUGAACCAUAAAGAAGGCUGACCGCCGAAUAAUUGAUGCUUUUGAAUUAUGGUGCUGGAGGAGACUCUUGAGAGUCCCAUGGACUGCAAGAAGAUCGAACCUAUCCAUUCUUAAGGAAAUCAGCCCUCAGCGCUUACUGGAAGGACAGAUCCUGAAGCUGAGGCUCCAAUACUUUAGCCACCUCAUGAGAAGAGAAAACUCUCUGGAAAAGACCCUGAUGUUGGGAAAGAUGGAGGGCACAAGGAGAAGGGGACGACAGAGGAUGAGAUGGUUGGAUAGUGUUCUCGAAGCUACCAGCAUGAGUUUGACCAAACUGCGGGAGGCAGUGGAACACAGAAGUGCCUGGCAUGCUCUGGUCGAAGAAUCGGACACGACUAAACAACUAAACAACAACAACAACAAUUGUUUGGAGUUAGAGGAUAUGAACAUGGCCAAAAGCUGAAGCUGAUUAAAAUAUAACUAGCACCUUUUCUAGCAUUUUACACCAUCCUUUUCAUCUACCUUUAGUUGCACAAGUGUCUCUGCUGUUGUUUUUCUUUAUUUAUACUAGCAUUUUCACCCUGCUUUUCUGUGACAAGUGCACACAACAGUGGCUUUCAAAGCAAAAGAAUGCACAAUACAAUGCAAAUUAUAAUACAAUCAUAACCAUGAAAAACACAAAUAUAAUAGCAGCAUCAACAUCACAAAGCAUCUCAGUGUGCAGCUAAAACAUUAUAGGCUCUAAGCAAAAAUAACAAUAGUGAAUGCCUGCAUGAAUAAAACAGGCUUGAGAGCCCAUUUAGAAGCAGUUAAAAGGUGGGGACAAAUGAUGAAAUUCCCUUUGAGGGCAAUUUAACAAUUUGGACCUCUCAGCUGAAAAGGCUCUCUCUCACACCCACCAACUGUACUUUCAGUGUUGAAGACCCAGUACCACAAAGAGGACCUCGUGAACGUGAAAUGGGUACAUUUGCUAAUCCAAAUAUAGGGCAGAAUGCAACUAAAUAAUUGCACUAGCACAAAGAUCAGCACUAGCAUUCUGGAGGGUGGGAGAAGCCCCAGCACAGAUUAAGCCUGGGGAAGGAGAAGGGGAGAAUAUUCAUUUGUAAAAGAAAACACACCCAGCAUAGCACCAAGUUGCAUACAACUCAUAAGCAAAAUCUUCCUGGUGACUUAUUUUGACAUGUUGCUAUCUCACAAGUGGUAGAGCUCCAAAAAGCCUUGCUUUCAUGAUAUCAGAAUGAACUGCACAAGUGGAAGCUUUAAUAUAUAUACACCUAGAUCAGGGGUCUGCAACCUUUAAGACAAAAAGAGCCACUUGGACCCAUUUCCGAAGAAAAAAAAACUGGGAGCCACAAAACUCGUCAUUAUAAAAAUAACUUUUUUGUCACUUUUUAUUAUUUCUUUGUUUGACCCCUCAGAAUUACUCCUCCUCAUAGAAAUAAAUGUUAAAUUAACAAGUUACCUUUUUGUGUGUGUGUGUGUUCUUCACUCCCCUUCAAAACAGUGACCAGCGUACAUGCCCCCUUUCAAUGCAGUGACCAGUGUACAUGCCCCUUACAAUGUAGCGGGCGGGUGGGAAGGUGACGUCGGGACAGUGCGUGACUAACGCACGCACCGCCCCCAUGCGACGUCACAGCCAGUACAGCGCCCGCCACAGUGGGGAGUGCGCCUCCUCCCCUCGCUAGUAUCCGCCCCGGAGCCGCGGCAAAGGUGUAAAAGAGCCACAUGCUGCUCCGGAGCCGCGGGUUGCAGACCCCUGACCUAGACCACCAUGGGAGAAACCACAGAGGCAGUAAAUCCUGUGCAUAGGUACCUUCUGUCUGUAACUGGGAGGAAGACUGAUACAUAUACUACAAAUUGGUUCCAAUAUAUGCAAAUCGCUUCUCACACAGCUCAACUCAUGUGAACAGUGUAAUGUCUAUAGAUGCUAACAUGUAUGCUGACUUCUUAAAACAAUUCACAAAGCAAUGCAGAAAUGUGGCAAACCGGAUUGGAGCCUGGAUGAAUGAGAAGUGGAGAGAAAACAAAACUGAAACACUCUAGUAACACAUGAGACUCAAACUACUAAUGAUGGGGACCAGGGGCAUUCCAAGGGGGGCGGGGGAUGGGCUGCUCCAGGUGCCAUUCCAAAGGGGGGUGCCAUGCCCCCAGGACAUGCACCAUGGCCCCUGUGGGCGGCACACCAUGCCCCCUGGGAUGAGCUCCGCUCCAGGUACCAGAGCAGGUUGCUUUGUCUCUGAUGGUGAAAGACCCUGUGGCCCCAACAGCAAGGUCUUGGCAAGGUUGUGAUAUUAGGAGCCAAAUGGAGAUGGAGGUGAUAGGAACUGGACAUCUGCUCUUCUAUAGAACUCAUUUUCAAGCCCAGAGUGUCAUUUCUCUUGAUAUAGACUCCCAUUAUUGGCAAGAAAAAGAGUGCCAGAGGAAGGGGCUGCAGGAGGAAGACAAUCCAUGUUACCUGUUGUAGAAAAUGGUGCUCCAAACAGGUGUGAACUUCUAAUUCUUUCCUGCAGUAAGUGAUCCCAAGCUAAGGAGCUGAAUUCCCAGUUGUUUCCUGCCCAGGCUGUAUCUAGACAAUAAGAUGAGAUCACUGUCUCUAAGGUGCUGCUCCUGCAGCUGGCUAUCCUUUGUGCAUACAUAAAUCUAUUUCUGUCUCGUGGCUCUGCAAUAUUACAUGCCCUUGCUGAAGUCUGAUAUCUAAACCUUCCUCCUUACCUGUUGAUUCAUUGCAGUUGUGGGAAUGUUAAGGAUAGAGGAAAGGAUAUACUGAAUAUUCUUCCUUCACUCACGCUAGUAAGUGAUGUAGCAGAGCAUAUUCCCCUCAAUAUAGCUGGAAGCUAGUUUGCAGAUUCGUUUGACUCUCUUAGUUGAGUUUAUUCCUGGUGUCCCCUUUGAUCCCUCCUAAAAGAAUAAAGACACAAGAGUCUUUCUGAGUAAAGUAACAAAAAGUUAACUCAUGUUUCAGUUCACGAUUUGAUCCCUGAAAGGCAGACUUUACUUGGUAGUUACACAAAGAAACUGUAAGUUCAUCUCAUAGGGAGAAUGAACUCAUGUGCUGCUGGCUGAGAUCCAGCAGACAGCAAAAUUACAUUAAGAAUACAAAAUGGCUGCAAAAGAACAGCAACAAGACAAUAGCAUUAUCAAAACGAACUGAGAAAAUGGCUGCAUGAAUCAGCUCUUUUAUGGAGUCAGCCAGAGCCAUGCCUAUCUCCCAGAUCACACGCAGGGGGAGAAAGCUCCAGAGCAGUGGAACAGGAAGUUUCACUGACUGGAUGUCCCCCUGCAUGUGCCCACUCUAAGCAAAUAAGGAAAGUUGCAUUUGACUGUACCAAUGGAUUAUAUCCCACAGAGGUAUAUGUGUGUUUGUCUCCACUGUUUCAUUGGACUUUGAAGAACUACUGAACCUUCCUGAUCAGCUGCACAACUGAUUCCCCGGAACCUAACUCACUUCAGUGAGUUCCAUCCAUUGUAAUACAAUGGUAUAUCCAAUGAAUAAGUGCAUGGGAAGAAAAAGAUGCAGAUAUGAGACUUGAACUUCUCGUGCCAUAAAUGAAUUUGUCCCCAAAUGCUGUCCACAUCAUUUCACCAUCUAUGUUCCAGCAUUAGGAAGGUAUCAGAAUGCAAAUCAUAGAAUCAUAGAGUUGGAAGGGACCAUGAGAGUCACCUAGUCCAACUCCCUCCAAUGCAGGGAUAUUUUUGCCCAAUGUGGAGCUCAAAUCCACAACCCUGAGAUUAAGAGUCUCAUGCUCUUCAUCCUGAGCAAUAAAGCAUGCAUUAUCUAUUGCUAAAUAUAUCGGACUAAAUAUUGAAAUAUAACAUGAAAAUGGCAUUAUUAUUCACAGAUUCACUUUAAUAAGUUUUCCGUAUCAUUUCACUCAGAAUUAGUUUUCCAUAUCAUUUCAUUCAACGCUAUCAUAAGUAGGAUGGACAAAUAUAUCUGCCGCACCACCCAAGGUCUUCAAGAUAGUUUUGGUGCUAAUCAAAUCAAUUAGCAAAGGUGCUAAUCCAGUGUUUUGCUUCUAAAAGGCAUCAACUGGAAGCUCAUCAGUAAGGCAUAAAAAUGAGGCACCUCCACUGUUUUUGCCCUUCUGAUAUGUACAUUGAAAUGGGGUUAACUGAGUCAUAUACAAUUUCUGUGGUCACACAGGUUUUUCCUGUAAUUCAUUAUGAUUUAUUACUUUUGUUCCGCUUCCUCUGUCACUAACUCUACAGUCCUAUACUCACCUACCUGGCAGUGAACAAAAUAGGGCUUACUUCUAAGAAGACAUAUAUAGAAUUGCAUUGUACAUCACAAGGAGCUGUUAUUAUUAAUGAUGAAAUCCAAGGUGCAUUAAUGGAUCUCUUUCUUUUUCUGUCCCCUUCUUUACUAAUGAUUUUUUUAAUCCAACUGUACACUUAUGCCCUUUUGAACUUAAAUAUUGUAAUCCAGUGUCUGAGGAAAGAUUGUUGUUGCUGUUGUUGUUGUUGUUAGGAUCCUAUUGGUUUGGGAAGUUGUUUCCACACCCAAUAUGCAACAAAUAUUCUUUAGCAGUUAAAUUGCUUCUCAACUAUUCCUUUCAAUCUGCGUGUUUCCAUCUUUUAAUUUGCAUUGUUUUAAUAGAUUUUCUGACUGGCCUCAAGGUAGUCACAUUUGUUUAAAUCUUCAAUAAAUCUUUAAUGGGAACCCUUUUAUCUCCUGGACCUGAGACUAGUUUGAAACUUGUAUGUAAAUAAGAUCAGCAUGAAUUAUGUUUACUCCCAUUAUAGCAUUUAAUCAUUCAAAUGCAUAUUGAAUUUACUUCCAACAAUGGAAGAACAAAUAGAUUACUCAUUUAAGCUGGCAAAGGUAUCGUCAAAGAAAGAGAAACUUCUCCUUCUAAAUGGACAAAUGUUCUUUCUUCCCAGUGAAAAGAUGACUUCUUUGGCGCUCAAAUGUCCUUAACUGUACACAACAUGGGCACAAACCAGCCAAAGCUAAGCAUAUUUCAGGCCUGUUAAAGUGAGUGAAAUUUAUUUGACUUUUACUGGAUUCUUCAUUUUGGCUGGAUCAUGCCCAUUUUGUGGGAUUGUGAUCCAAUCCUUAUAUUUCUCGGAAAGGGGUUUUAGACUGAACAUGCACACACACACAGUAACAAAACUGAGUUUUUGUUAACAAAAUUAGAUUUUGAACACUAUUCACAUUUUGCAAGUAUUGGAAAAAGUCAUUAGGUAAUAAGAGGUAGGUUUUGACAUGUUUAUUCUUAGGAUUGAAAGUAUGCAUUGUUUUUCAUGAACGCUUCUGACAGCUUCAAAAAAAUCACUCUCCUUUUUUUGCAGGUUCUGUGAGACUGCUGCUAAAGUAAUUGUCUAGUCAGUAAGCACUGCCUUUGAAUUUGUCCUCAGUGAUAUUAAAAUGUAGCUAAAACAAGCUGACCACAUUGUGUUGUGACAUCACCUUAUUUGCUAUGUGAAAUUAGCUGUAAAAUAAGUAAAUAAAUAAUUAGCAAUUAGAACGAAUAUAGUACAAAUGCAUUAAAAGGGGGAAUAGAAGGAAGUAGUGCUAUAAAAUUAUAACUAUUCGGCCAAAUAAGCAUUUUUAUUUUUUUUAGGGACGGGGAAAUCACUUACACAGAAGCAUUACUUUUUACCUCAAAAUCAGCAUGAGAGACUAUCCUGAUUUACAUACCUAUAUAUCAUUAUGGGGGGGAAAUUAAUACAAUGCAAAUACUAAUAGCUUGUGUUUGUUUCCAUCAUACGUCUUUGUAUGUGUGCUAACAAACAUAUUGCUAUUCAGCGCCACUCUCCAAUGCUCAAUGAAUUUUCACAUCACCUUUUCACAAACUAUUCUCCGUGUAAACAUCGGCAACAUUUCAAAUAGCUGCAUGCUCAAAAGCCCCUUAAAUCCAGUGGUUAUUAAAUGGUGAGUAUCUCAGAGUACAUGGUUAGAAUUAUGAAGCCCAGCUCUCCUCUUCUGUGCUUUGAUGGAAGAAAUAUCAAGGAACGCCGCUUUCACGGAAAGUAGUAAUGACAAAAUAUUUGCAUAUAGAGAGGUUAUCUUGGAAAGCAGCUGGGCUAAUUCAGGUAUUCUAGUAAGGAUAUUUCCCGUGCAGAAGAAGGCUUUAGUGCAUGGACUGCUGUUCUAAAAAUGCCCUGGGGAAAGGAUACUGCCUCUUGCUCCAUGUCUUUUGCUAAAUAGAUGGUUAGCAUUGUCAAGUUUCCAAUUAUCUGUCCUUCUCCGAUUGCAUUUCACGAAACUAAAAGAAAAAAAUGCUCCCUCUGUCCACCCGUCCCUCCAUCUAGUCGGCCCAUUGUGUUCAAUGACUCUUGUUUCCAACUGAGUAUGCAUAGGGUUGUCCACUAAAUUCAAUGGAGAAGAAGAAGAAGAAGAAGAAGAAGAAGAAGAAGAAGAAGAAGAAGAAGAAGCCAAUUUAAGUUCAGAGUUAGGCUUUCCAGUAUUGUAUCACGAUCCACAAAGCCAGGAAACUGGAAGAUCAGACUGAUGUCUUAAUAGACAUGCUUUGUGAUCAGUGCUGAUAAUGUGCAAUGUCGAUGUCACAAAUUGUGUCUGUCAACAUUUCAUAAGGCAAUGCAAGAAGCCCAGGAAACAUGGGACAUAUGUGCUGGUCCCAGGCAGAGGAAGUGGGUCUGAAAGAUGGAGGGAAAGUGUGGGUGCAUGUAAGCUAAGUUGUAAACCUUUCAUAUUUGAAGCCCAAAUCCACAUGGGGAGGAUGGAGGGCUUGGGACCAACAAAUAUGCCACACAUUGUCCUGGGCUUGUAUUGCCUUAUGAAGCAUGUGGGCAUUACAGUAUUGCUAUAGGAAUUAUCUGGUGAUUUGAUCCACACCCAUUUCUUCCUUCCUUUCUUCCUUCCUUCCUUUCUUUUUGAGUUUCUCUUUUUUUUAUUUCUACUUUUCAAGUUUAUACAUUUCACUAAUUUUAUACAUUUCACUAAGUUUACAAUCAUUUUGACAUUUCAAAACUUGUCUUCCUUCCCCCUCUUUCUGUGGUUCCUUAAAUGAUGGGGGUGGAGACGCUCCUUCAGGUAUACUAGGCUGAGGCCAUUUAAUUGCUGUAAUUGUGGCAAUUUUUACAGCAUAUACAGUGGUACCUUGGGUUACAUACGCUUCAGGUUACAGACUCCACUAACCCAGAAAUAGUACCUUGGGUUAAGAACUUUGCUUCAGGAUGAGAACAGAAAUUGUGCUCUGGCAGUGCGGCAGCAGCAAGAGGCCCCAUUAGCUAAAGUGGUGCUUCAGGUUAAGAACGGGCCUUCGGAACGAAUUAAGUACUUAACCCAAGGUACCACUGUGUUUGAAAUUUGGCACAUUCAUAGCUCUCCCUCACUUAGGGUUGCCACAUUUCAAAAAGUGAAAAUCCAGACACAAACUUUGUUGAGUUUUUUUGUCCAGGUAUACAUCAUGCAUUCCAUGUGUGUGUUUUUUUCUCAGCAGGUGCCAUUUUGUAUAAAGCUACAGAAGUUUAAAACUUAGAACAGCCGAAGCAUGCAGCUGCUGCUAUUCUUGCAUUCCAUAAUAGAUUUCACAAAUGUUGGCUCUGAAUCUAGUCAUCUGCAAAUAUGGCAUGGGCGUGUGACUCAUUGUACAAGAAUGUGAAUAGGAGGUGCCCACUGGAAUUUUCCUCAGGAUCAAUCUCUACUUGGAUGCACAUUUGGCAGUGUAUCUCAGAGCCCAUUUGCUGAAUAUCUAUACUUCUCAAUCCAGGAAUGAUAUGCUCCUAAAAGCCUGCUUUUAACCUGUAAAUCUCCUUAGCUGGAUUGGGGCAUUUAUUUUAUACAUCUCUUUUGGGGGCUUUAAAAAAAAUGAGCAUGGGUUUUUCUUGCCAUAUUUGCCUGUUACAACGGCCAUUCGUUUCUUGAAGUGUUCCUGCUGGUAUAAGACCCAGGAAUUCUGGCAAGAAAAACAAUGCUGAAAUAAGAUUUUGGCAUAUAAUCUAAUUUUUAAAUGUUGGGGUUUUGAAGAAGUCCCUCCAGCUGCUGUGUGUGAUGAAAGAUUCUAUUAAGAGGAGUUGCAGGGGAGAAAAACAGAGGGGAAGGAGGAGGCAAGACUACAGAAACUUUUAUGAAUUAGUAGAUGUGCCUUAUCAACUCAGAACAGAAGGAAUAUUUGGAAGCAGUGACUUCAGUUCGGAGUUGCUGUGAACCCCUUUUUGGAACAGCCUAGGCUUUCCCUCCCCUUAUGUACUCAGUGCAGUAAUUUUUGCAAUGCACUUUUAUUUUUAGUUCCUUUUGAUAAUGUGACACAUUAAAUCAAUAGGUAAUUUGAAGAAGAUGGAAUCUAAUUUUAUUUUCCCAUCUCCCAGCUUCUGAGUUAAAAAACCAGAACUAAUGGGGCUUUUUUUUUUUUUUUAAAGGAAGUUAAAGUCCUGAGUAUAACAUUUUUGUGUGCCUGUGACUAUAAAUUUGCCAAUGCAUUUGCAAUGAGACGUGGAAACAAAAUGCCCUUGGUUUUAUUUUAGGAACCACUCGUCUCUGGUCUGAGCUGUGUCUCAAUGAUAUACUUUUAGUUUUAAUUAUAUUGGCUGCCAAGAACGCAGUCAAAUAAUUUUCCCCACAAUAAAACACACGUUAAAAUUUACUAGCAUGAUUAAAUUAAGUAUAAGCUGAUUAAUUUAAUAAUACUCUAUUUCUGCAGUGUCUUUUCUGAGUUUUCAGAAAGCAUCUGAAAAGGAAAUCCCAGGGAUUCUCUGCCUCCUUAGGCCCUUGUUGGAAGAUAAUGUGGCUCAGGUUCAGAGUCGGUUGUAUAUUAAUGUCAGAACCACCAUACGUUUGGCAUACGUGCUAGCAUCUUGGCUUCUGGUUAUGGCACCCACCUACCCCUUCUGUGUUUCACUGUAGGUUUAUCCAGUUGCUGAAGGGCCAGAUAGCAGGGGAAGGAGCUGAUUUGAUGCAUGUCUGGUUCACAUACCAAAAGCCUUGGGGCUUGGGGAAGGUUUCUCAGCUGGGGCCUCCUACAACACCAGAAGGUACAACUGGUUGAGACUAGAGUGGCCAUGUUUCCUUUCAGUUCUGUUUGAAUGAGUCCUUUACCUGAAGGGCUGUCUGGUCCACAUCUGUAUGUUCUAAACAAAGAAACUUAGAAAGUGAGACAAAGUUGCUCAUCAGUAGCUGAGCAGCCACACAAGUCCCCUAAUCGCAAUCUUACUCAAAAUAAUGUGAUGUAAUGUAUUACUAUUUCAACUGUAGCCAUUCUUGCUGAAUGUCCUGAUCCUGGCCAACCUGAUAACCAGUCACUGUGCCAAGUCCAAGUUCAAAAUUCAAGGGUCAAUCAGCACCAGCAAAGUCCAAAAUUCAAACUCCAGAGGCCAAAGGUCAGGAAAUGAGGUUCAGGGUCAAUCCAAGUCUGAAGUCAGGAUGCAGUCCAGCUUUAAGCCCAAAGUACAGUCGCAUGGAGGUCCUUGACUAUCCACGUCAAGGUCCUUCGACAUGGGCAAGUGAACAAACACAGCACCUCAGCUCUGCUGUCCUCUUAUGCUAUGCCUCCUGGGAUUGAUGAUGCAUGUGACCCACACCUGCUCCCAGCCUAUUCCAGCUGGGGAACCAUAUACCUCCUCUCAGAACUAGUGAGCCCGACAUGGCCAGCUAGUGAGCUGGGCUGUGGGCCCUUGCAUGCCUUCUGGAGUGUUCAAAUGUUGUUGAGGGCCACCAAAAAUAUCUUGAGAGCCACAUGCAGCUCUUGGGCCAUAUGCUGAGCUACCAUGACCUAGCAGAUGCUUGGCCUCCCCAGUUCUGCCUCCUCUCCACUUUCAAAAUGCCCUGUUUCAGCACUUUACACCGGAUGCCAAGGGUUAACAUAGUGCUGGUAGCAACUUCUUCCUGUCCACAUUUUCAGUGCAUGAAGCGAGAACCUCCAUAGAAGUGGAAUCUUCCCCUGCAGAACUGGGGGGAGGGACACAUCUGCCUUAUCCAAGCCCCCUCCAGUAUGUUGAGUUGGGAGAUUGGAUUGCUCUUUCCAUUAAGUAGGGGUGGGUUCUAGGUGACUCCUGUUUGUAAUAGUUCCCACACAGCUUGCAUUAUUUCUGCAGAUCUCCUGUGCUUUCCUUACCAAAUUUCUGCCCUAAGUCAUUGUGGGAGGAGCAGCUUUAAUUACAGCAAAAUAGCUAAUGUUUGAAAUACAAAAUACAAUACAAUAUAACAUAUUGUAUUAUCAAAAGAUUCAGCAUUCUGAAGUGUGGAAUCCUAAUGACUUCUAGCUUCCCAUAAAAAAAACAAAACCCAGAAAUUCGGCAGAAUUGAUUUUGUAUUCAGGAAAUGUUAUCUGCCUAGAAAAAAUUAAAGACGGCAAUGUUUACCUUUCUUACAAAAUAACAUUUUGCGACUGUUCUACUUCCACAUCUUUCUGGUCUAUUGUUUAAAGUCUAUAUUUGCUAUUCACAAGUUUUGCAUUGUGUGGUGAAAGCAUUCCUCAAGUAGUCACUCACACAAAACGUUCUCUUCUUUUGUGUGCCCCCCCCCCUUCACUUACAUCUGGGUAAGUGACGCUCCCUUCAGACAUUCCCUUAAGAAACAGAUUGUGAGGAUUUAUGGGAAGUUUAUAUGGCUGUCGUUCUGUUUCAUAACAACUGAACAAAAUGAAAAAAGCAAUCACCCAUAAUAAACUACUAUCUUAUGGCAGUAAAUAGAACUGCAUAACAUAUUACCCUAGAGCUAUGUGAACUUUGAAAUACAUAUGCUUGCGUUUAGCUUUAUAAGACUUCUGCAAUGCGCUGUAAGUUUUCCAAAGUUAAAGCUCUCUAUUGUUGCUGCUAGAGAAACAAAUAUAGUGAAACUUUAAAUGUAUCUCAGUAUCUUGCAAAAAUAUAGAAUGUAGAAGUUGGUCCAAGUUUUCACAUGUCCCUGAAUAAUCUUCCAUUUAAUUGAGAGAAAUUACUUGCCUACAUUUUAGCAGAGUUUAUACAUUCAUAUACCGUAAUUAAUUUCCAAGCAAAAAUGACCCCAAGUAUUAUGCAGUUAGCAUUCCUGCUGUUUAGUCACAUGGAAAAGAUCAGAGCUUAAAAUAAAAAUAAAAAUUAAAUUCCCUGAGGAUUGGGUGGGGUGAGAUUCCCUUUCGGCCACAUAUGCAUUAAUUGCUGUUUAUGCUCAUUUCAAAAACAUUUCUCAAGCAGCAAAGUGUCAAGAACAAUUCUCCCCACCACAUGAAGAAAUGAAGCUGCUUUGUAUACUCAGCACAUUGGUUAUCUGUUCCAGUGCCAUUUUAUUUAUCCAGAAGUGCCUAUCCAGAAUCUUUCCCAGUCAGUAAGCAGAGAAAAUAAUAAAUAGACAGCUUUCUCAAUGGAGGCAUGCAAGAAGUGAGGUUCCUGAGGCAGAGGUGGCUCACCAUUUGGGGUGGAGCCACUGUGUUAGUUUCUCAGGAAGUGGGCUGCUACUGUUUAUCAAGUGUCAGGGGCUGGACUGGGGAGGAAUGGACAGUAUAGAGUAAGAACAGUGGUUUGCAGAAGGUCAUAGUUCAGAGGGUAGAAGCUGGAAAAUAUUGGGAGAGCAGCAGGAAGAAGAAGCACCAGGGGAGAGACAGCUAACAGACUCAGUGUCCCUUGAAAGCAUUCCUGACCCCUCUCCCAGAACCAGGCAUGCCUUGAGAGUAGUAGAACAGAAAGCUCAGAGGCAGAAAGCACAGAUCAGCCGGCGCAGGGGUAACAUGGAGGAAUUGAGGGGGUAGGACUUUACUUGGAGCAAUGCCAUUAUCUAAGAGAGACCGCCUUCCUUCGUCUCUCUCUGUGAAUAUUGAAUAAACUACUUCUUGGCAUCCCACUGUGGGAGGGAUAGGAUUCCCUGAAGCCUUGACAUCAAGGUGGACAGGGGAGAGGGACAAGGCAUUGGAGAGGUCAGCAUGGUGAAACCAACAGAGCCAACCCUGUAUUGCUGCCAGUGCAUCUGCAUUGCGCCAACUUCCCCGACACCUUGCCACCCACCCUUCCAGUACGCCACAGUGACUCAGCUACUGGGAAGCUAGCUGUGAUGGCCUGGGAAUCAGAUUCAGAGGCUGAACCUGAAGAAUCCCAGCCUGCACAGGAGUCCCCGCCUCCAGGGCCGGCUGAGUCAGGGCUGGGGCAUGAGCCUGAAGGGUCCUCACCUGUGCUGGAUUCUCAGGAGCAGACACCAGCUGAAUCUGCUCUGGCUCCGGAGGUGAUUGAAGACCCAUUGCCUGCAGGUACUCCUCUCCCAGCUCUGUCAGGAGAAGGUGAGGUUGCAUCUGGGUCAUGAGCUACAGAGGCUCAGGGCAAAGAGGCAGAGGGAACUAAGUCCUCACAGGAGGAGUACUCGCCUCUAGGCCAGGAGAGGCGAGUCACCUGUGGACUGGGACCACCCUAUGCCUCGGGGCAGAUAAAAGUCAGCCAGCCCAGUCCCAGGUUGCAGGAGCAACAUUGUUGGUAACCUGUUCUUGCCGGCACCCUGUCUUGCUCUUCUUCCAGAGUUCCUGACCACAGCCGACUCCUUGCCUUGGACCCUGCUUCAGCCUUGACAGACAGCCUCCAUACCACACCCUUGACCUCAGACUGGACUCGGACCACGGCGCACAGUAGCCCCCCGGGACCAGCACACUAGCAAAGCAGCUGCACUCCACUCACCUUCUGCCUCCAGGAUCCCUGUUGGGAAAUGUUUGUGUGUUUGUGUGUGUUUAAUUUGUUCAUAAAUGAGCUGGAGUAGUAAGAUGGACAAGUUUGCUGUGGAUGCCAAAUUAUUCAGAGUGAUAAAAAGGUAAAGGACCCCUGACAGUUAAGUCCAGUCGCAGAUGACUCUGGGGUUGUGGUGUCAUCUUGCUUUACAGGCCGAGGGAGCCGGCCUUUGUCCACAGACAGCUUUUCCAGGUCAUGUGGCCAGCAUCACUAAGCCACUUCUGGCGCAAUGGAACAUGAAAACCAGAGCAGAGCACGGAAACACCGUUUACCUUCCUGACGGAGUGGUACCUGUUUAUCAACUUGCACUUUUUGGCAUGCUUUCGAAGUGCUAGGUUGGCAGGAGCUGGGACAGAGCUACGGAAGCUCACCCUGUUGUGGAGAUUCUAACUGCCAACCUUCUGAUCUGCAAGCUCAAGAGGCUCAGUGGUUUAGACCACAGCACCACCCACGUCCCUACAUUCAGAGUGAUAAGAGCAAGCAAAGAAAGAAAGAAGGAAAAGAUUGUGAAGCAUUCUAAAGGGAGCUUUGCCCUGAUGGUGUCAGCGACUGGGCAGAGGAGGAAUGGUGGAGACCACCUCACCAGCCUGACCUUUCCAGAGAAGAAGACGACAGUUCAGAAUUACAACAGGUGUUUGAGGGAGAUCACAGCUCAGAGGCAGAUGAGGGGGAAAGCUGGAAAAUAAUGGGAGAGGAGGAAGAAAAAGAAGCAUCAGGGGAGAAACAGCCAAUGGACACAGUGCCUUUAGAAAGCAUUCCAGACUCCUCCUCUCCCGGAACCCGACGAGCCUUGAAAGUAGCAGAGCAAAGAGCUCAAAGGCAGAGGACACGUCUCAGCACCUGUAGCAAUGAUGCAUGAAAAAGUGGGAGAGAUGGAGAGAGUGGAAACUCACUCGGGACAACGCCAUUAUUCUGGUCUAUUGUUUAAAGUCUGCAUUCCCAAGCCUCUCUCUGUGAAUGUUGAAUAAAAAGCAGAUGGUAAGGACUUUUCCUUGUCUUAUCGGUUCCUGGCAACCUGCCAUGGGGGUUGGUUCCUCUGCCGUCUCACAGGCAGGGACAAUUUGGGGUCUUGAGGCAGUGGUGAAAUGAUCAGAGAAGACGCAGCGUUGGGUAAAAAUCAAGCCAAAUCUUUUUGAAAUCAAUAGAAAGCAGGGUUGGCAUAGCAGUAGGACAAAGGUCCCAUUGCAAAUUCCAACAGCCCUUGCUUAUGGUAUGCUCUUCUUGUGAGGGUUGGAAAAUGCCCCAACCCCAUGGGGAUUACCCUGUCUUGAGCUCUGGUGUGGUUCAAGCUAGGCACACAGGGUGCCAUUGGGUGUCUGUGGUGAAGGUUAUCAACCAUGCAGAAGUCUUAAUCCACAUUUAGGGCAUGCCAUGGCCAAUCUCUCUCCCUGCCAGGCUUCCCAUGGGGGCCUCCUUUGCUAUGUUGAUCCGGCCCAAUGCCAUUUCCACACGUAUGCAUAAGUGGGAAGCUUGCUAGGGACAAACGGCCCUGAACACACGUGAGCUAACCUUUGAAACUCACACAUCCAAUUCUGGCAGUGAAAUUUUCCAACCUAAUAAUAUUUACAAAAAUGCACAUUUUAGGGGAAAGUAUGCAUGAAAUGAAGGUACUGGUGAAAAGAGAAUACAAAAAUGCAUUCUCUUAUUAUAUAGUAUAUAUUAUAUUAAGAACAGAAAAAUGAGAAACAGAGAGAACUAAUAUUGAAAGAAGCUUCCAUCUCUAUCUGUGCAGGAAAUCCUACAUUCUCUUCAAUGGCUGAACAUUUUGGUUGCCACUCUUCUUAGAAAACUGGACACAAAUUUGUAACAUCUCAGUUGAACUCAUUUACAGCCAUUUCAUCCCCAAAUUUUCUUUUUCAGGAACAAGGAAGAGAAGACUAUUGACUGUUUUAGAUGAGAUAAAUAAGUCCUGUUAGCUUAUUCCUAUUAGCCUUUUCAUGGGCUGUAAAUCUCAGAUAGAUACAUAUAUAAAAUUGCUACUUUUAACAAAGUUUGCUUGAAGAUCUUUUUAUUUGUUUAAAGCUACUUUUCGGGAUUUGUAAAAGCUUGCCGAGGUACUAGUAUUCUCUGCUGGUUUCAUAUAUCUAUUCAAAUUCCAAGACUGCAAGGCCUUCUUAUUUUAAUUCUAUGCUAUUUUGUUCACUCUGCCUGAGGCGCUCCAGCUCCCCCUUGGUAUAUUUAUGUGCAAGGCUAAUUUUUUACCCUUUUAAUUUACCCUAUUGCUGACUUUCAAUUGUCCUUUUAAGGUCGAUCUUCCCAUAAUGAUUUUAUUGCAAGAAAAUGCCCUGGGAUACGCUAAGCGCUUAUAUUGCACUGUGUACUGCAAUGUUUUGAUGCAGGAGACCGGGGUGCUGGGGGGGAGAGAAGCUAAUGUUAAAUUGUGUGGUAUUUAUCUUCAUUCUGGACACUGAUUCGGAUGCUGUUUAAGUGCCUCAGGGGGCUUUAUCCUGUCUGUUAGCUUCUGUUGCGAGACUUGGUGUGCACUGAAAUAGCAGCCAAAGGGAAGUGCUUUAACCUAAGCUACUCAGUCUCCCGUUACCUUGCCUUUUUAGGUUGGCUGGUGGCUGAAUACCCGUUCUAAGAAAAAAUAUUUCCCGUUGCUGAGGUUUCUGCUUUGUCCUGCAAAAAAAUGUUCCUGUCUCAAUUUAAGUGAAGUGUGUUUGAUUUUAUUUUUUAUUUUUUAAGAACAUGAAAAAUGAAACAAGCAGAAUUGCUACUGGACUCAACUCAAAGUUCUGGUUUUAAAUAACUUUCAAAGGUUAGGGCAGAAGUGGGGAACUUUUUCCAGUCAGAGGCCCACAUUCUAAUUUGGGUCAUAAUUUCAGUGCUUCAUGCCAGGAGAGGUCAGGACCAAAGACAGUGAUGGGCAAGGCCAUUCACACCGAUCCAUUCAACCAUCCCAUUCACGCUCAGUACAUUUUUUCGUGUACACACACAUCCAUCCCCAUCAGCCACUCUCCUCUUUCACUUUCCCCCAGCUGCUCUCAUUUCUGAGCAUUUUCUUACUUGCUGAUCACUUUCUUUGCUCCCCAAUAUGAGUGGCGGUCCUUCGGGUAUUGCAGUCCUGAGCGGUCAAAACCAGCACUUUGAAUUGGGCCCGGAAACUACUUGGUAGCCAGUGUAGUCAGACUAGGAUCGGUGUAACAUGCUCAAACCGUCUUGCCCUGGUGAGCAACCUGGCCACUGAAUUUUGCACUAGCUGAAAUUUCUGAACUGUCUUCAGAGGCAGCUUGUAUCCUAAGCAACCCAUCGCAGUAAUCUAAACUUGAGGUUACCAAAGCAUAGAUGACAGAAGUUAGGCUAUCCCUGUCCAGAUAAGGGCACAGCUGGGCCAGCAGCUGAAGCUGAUGGAAGGCACUCCAGUGACAGCAAAGGAUCCAGGAGUAUCCCCAAGCUACGAACCUGCUCCGUCAGAAGAAGUGGAACCCCACCAAGAGCAGGCAACCUCCCAGCUAUCUGGUCUAGGGAACCACCCACCAACAGUGCCUCAAUCUAAUGUGGAUUGCGUUUCAGUUUGUUGGCUCUCCUCCAGUCCAUUAUCAAGGCAAGACGCCAAUCCAGCUUUUCUACUGCCUCACCUAAAGGAGAAGGAGACCUGAGUGUCAUCAGAAUAUGCUGAUUUCCCCUGCUUAAAUCAGCCAGGCUUUCAAGUGCUUAACUUUGGCUAAAUCACAUCCUCACACAGAGUACUGAAGAAAAUUCACAGGAAGUUGUCAGAACCCUCUGGAGGGGGAAAAAAAGUUUAACCUACAGGGUUAGAGGAAAGUUGAGAAGCUUUAUACGAACCAAGACAAAUCUGUCAUGCAUAGAAAGGUUGAAGCAACUGUAUUCUCUUUAUCUGAUAUCAUCAUUAUAUUUCACUGCAUCUUCAUUCCCCCCCGCCCAAAGUUCCUCUAGAGACACAAUUAUGUAGGGAAGAGUGACAUACAGAUCAAAAAGCAAUGCUUAAAGUACCUCAUCUGCCACAAGGUAUGGGUCACACACAUGCACUUCUGAGAAAUAGUUAAAAGUAUUCUGCAUUGCCUUGUAACACUCUGCCUGCGGGAAGCUAAUUAGAAGAGUUACCUUAGAGCUGGACUUUCUUUAAAUGCCUCAUCAGCAGAAUUGCAAGGCUUGUUCCAUCACAGUGGAGAUAAUAUAUGCAGGUGUUGCUCUUCCUGCACCAUAAUGUCAUGGUUGAAUUUCAUGGCUGAUUCUUAUUUCUAAAUGUUAUGGUUAAAAUAUUGAUUUUAUACUAGGAGUGGGACUUCUUUGACCUUCAUGCCAAACAGUGCAUACUUUCAGUGUUGACGUUAUUUCAGGACCAUGAUCUUAGUCCACCAAUGUGAUGUUCCACAAAUGCUAAAAGUACCUCCAGGUCUUCCCCUACCUGAUUGGAAAGUGGACAAAAAACUACUUAUGAAAGUCUUCCUUAUUAAUUUGUCCUGAUAACCUGGAAAUAAUAUCAUUGCUGGGUUGGGGGAAAGAAUCCUCUUUUAUUGUUGCAUCUAAGCAGUUUUCCGAUUGUAAUACAAAAUAGUUGUAUUGAAGAAAUAAGUAAUGUAUGUGUAGCUUGGGGUAAGGUGUGAAAGUGGCUGAUAUGAGUCUCAGGUGACAAAGCAGGUUUAGUCUCAGACCUUCUCUCUCCCCCUUGCAUUUCCACACUCUCUCCCCCUUGCAUUUCCCCAACACUACAGAAGCUAUGUUGAAAUGCAUGUGCAAAUUUUAGUGCUGUUUUUGCACAUACAUGCAAGCAAGCAUGUAUACUUGAACGCACAAACAUAUAUUUGAAUGCACAAACUGUGUCAAUAUGUCUUUCCAUAUGCGAUUAUCAUUUUAUAACCAUAUUUAUAUAAUUAUAUUCAGCUAGGUGAUUUUUUAAAGACAUUUGAAGGCAGCCUUGUUCAGGGAAGUUUUCACUGUGCAAUGUUGUGUUGUGUUUUUACUGUUUUUUGUUGGGAGCUGCCCAGAGUGGCUGUGGCAACCCAGUCAGAUGGGCAGCAUACAAAUAAAUUAAUAAUAAUAAUAAUAAUAAUAAUAAUAAUAAUAAUAAUAUUAAAAUUUGGAGUUGGCAGUAGGAAUAAAAGGAAAUGGUAGACAUCACCAAAAAUGCCCUUGAAAACCUCUUGGCAAUAUCCUCAUAUAGGAGUGUGUUGAAAUAAGUUAAUAGAGAGAAUCUUUGCCAAUGAAGAAAUGGUCAUUCCCUUUAAAUUUAAUAAAUUAUUUUUUUCUCUAUUGGCAGGAGUAGGAAGCAAAGGACAAGUGUUCUGGGACAAUAGCAAGGCAAUUUCUUUGCUUCAGAUUUAUUAAUUGUCCAAAGACCUUCAGAUUCCUCACACAUAUAUUUGAUUCCACACAAUGAAGCAGAGAACUCCAAAAUCAAGAAAUUUCACAAACAAUGCAUAUUCGUUAUUUAAAAAGAAAGCAGAGAUAG